CAAUGACCAAUAACUCCAAUGUCGAGUUGAUCGUUGAGUCAGAGAUGAAAUAUCAACACUCGGGCUCGGACACUGACUUCCCAUCAGUGUUCGUGUUGAUUGGAAUUUGUGAGCUGACAGUACAACUAUAUAGGGCCUCCGAUGACGAUGCGUUUACACCAGUAAACCACAACCUGCCCCGCAGCAAUGAAUACCCACCCCAAGAGCGAAGGUUUUGAUGUCCUCACGGAGGUAUACAGCGUCGUCGACGGACAUUCUAUCCCAACCGACAUCUUCAUACCGAAAUCACUUCCUGAGGGUCAUCACUGCCCGGUCAUCGUUCGAAUUCAUGGCGGAUUCCUCUUCAUAGGCAAUCGCGGUCCCGGCUGGUUCCCCUCCCACCUGCUCCAGUUUGCCUUGUCCAAACACGCAGUCAUCAUUUCCCCAGACUAUCGUCUCCUACCUGAAGCCACAGGCGAAGACAUUCUCACCGAUAUUUGCGUCUCUCUCUGGAAUUGGAUGCUCAACACCUUCCCGCGUAUCGUCGCAGACGCUCAUCCAGGCAUAACCCCGGAUUUGACUAGAAUUCUCACUAUAGGUGAAUCAGCCGGUGGAUAUCUCGCCACUCAGCUUGCUCUCGCCCACCCAAGCCACUCUCCUUCAACCAACGUACCCGGCAUAACAGCCGUCUGCGGAUCCUACCCCGUCUACGACCUCCUCAGUCCUUUCUUCCUUUCUGGUGCCUUCUCUUCCAUCUCGGAAUCAUAUUCCUUCUUCGGCAAUUCUCCUCCCUUCUCCGUUUUCACGGACCACGUUGCAGCGAUCAAGGCCAGGCAAAAGCCAAGUAUCGUCACAGAUGGAACCAUCCCGGAACCGGGUACCUACAACGAAAGGGAGCAGAUGAUGGUGGCGGCGGUCUUGCACGGUAAAUUGCCCGAGUUAUUAGGAUUGGAGAAUGAUGAGUUCUUCCCGAUCGAACGUAUCGAACGUAGCGGAACCGUUCGUGACGAUGGGAGCGUCGGGAUGUCGGUGGUGUUGCCGAGGAGGAUUUGGGUUUAUCACGGAAGUAAAGAUCAUGUUGUGCCAGUAGAGGGCAGUCGUAGAUUCGUGCAGGUCGUGCAGGAGAAGUUGAGUGGGAGUGGGACGGAGGUGAGAUACUAUGAGCAUGAGGGAGGAGAUCAUGGCUUCGACGCAGCAACAAACUUCGCCUCGGAUGAGGAUCGGUGGGUGAGGGAAGGGUACGCAUGGCUUGAGGUGGCGUGGUUGGGAAGUUAGCUUGCUGUGAAUUGCCCUGGAAGUCUGGUCGUCGACGAUCCAUAUAGACAAAUACUUAACUCGUGUCAUCUGAAGAGGAAUUGAUCAGCGGUAGCACCCUGCCGACUCGGGUGUUCGUCUCGUAGCACGCUCUUCGAAUUGGCUGAGUUGUAUCAGGGAGUUCUCAGAAUGGGAUGCGUUUCGCGCUAAACUUGCAGUAAACGCAGACAACAAUUGUUUGC